UGAUAUUCGAGUAAUUAAUAACUGGAAAUUGUUUAAACGAAACGUGAAAAAAUGGAGCAAGGAAUGUUGACGAGGGUCCUGCAGGAUUUUUUGACAACUGUUGAUGGAGAACUGAGCCUGUUGAAGGGAGAUUAUCUAUUGGUACUCUCCGUUGUGGAUAGGCACUGGUGUUACGGUCAAUCGAACAAUAAUACAGGAAAGUUUCCUUCAAACUAUUUGCACAAGGUUGACGUGCCUCUGCUAGCCGAAGGCCAGAAUUUGUGCAUUUCCAUUGUUCCAUUCCCUGGAGAACAACACGGCGAUCUUUCCUUUGGAAAAGGACAAAUCAUCGUUGCCGACGAAGAAGUUGAACCAGGCUGGAUAUCUGGCCACACGGACUUGCACAAAGGAAUUUUCCCCGCUACACAUGUCUGGAAAAUAGAUACAGCGUUGCUAAAGAAAACUGUGAGGAGAAAAGCAAUACAAAAAAUUGCAAGAGUAACUGCAGAUCUAAAAGCCCAACUGGAUGAAGAGCUAGAUCUGACCAAAGGCACUUUUGUCACUGUGACGGAAAUUUUGGAAGAUGGGUGGUGCCAAGGGACCACAAAAGAUGGUCGGAGUGGGACUUUUCCUGAGGGAUUCAUCGAGUACAUAGAAUCGGAUACAAAUCAGGUUCAAACUGUUGACGAAGAAGACCCAGUUGCAGCAGCAUCUUUAUACAGUUCCUCUGAAAACAAUAAGGUCAAGCAAGUUGACCUUAAAGUGUACAAAGAUUUUGGAGAAGGUGCAGCUAUGCCUUACAACGACGAACCUGCCCCUUACUACUACGACCUCUUUCCUGAAUUUUCCAAGGAAGACGCGAUCCAGCCAAGUAAUGUGAAAAAUACAGUCGAAGUUACACCUGCGUUUGAUGGCCUCCAUCCCUUUGGGAUCGAGCCAUAUGCCAUAACACUUUACCCAUUCAACGCUCAAUUCCCAAACGAAUUGAGUUUUGCAGCGGGUGAAGUGGUGCGUCUCAUUAGGCACAAAGACUCUGAUUGGGCAGAGGGAACAAUUGAUAAUACCACAGGGAUAUUUCCAGUUUCCUACGUUAACAUUAUCGUUGAUUGUCCGAAGAGCGAGGAAUCACUGGCUUCAGAAGACAACAAUGAACCGCAAGUGGAUCCAUUGACAGAAGUAGUUGAGGAAGAGAAUUCCCAAGAUCAAAAUGUUCUCGUUCCAGGGGUCGUAGUAAGGGUGGAAUAUAAUUUUGAGGCUCAAAUGGACGGUGAUCUAAGUGUGAGCGAAGGUGAUUUUGUUACAAUUGUAGAAAUGACUAAUGCAGAUUGGAUCAGCGUUAAAAAUAAGGACGGGAAUGUUGGACUCUGCCCAAAGACCUAUGUGACUGCUAAUUUUGAUCCGCAAUCCGAGAUAGAAAAUACUACAGAUGAAUUUGUCAUUAUUAGGAAUCAAGAGUCAGAGAAAAUGACAUUCGAAGAUGAUUGUAGCAGCAAGCGAAUAUCCGCACCUCACAGACCGGCACCACCAGCUCCAGUACCGGGAAGUGUUCCAUUGCAAAAAAAUCUACAACCUAUACAGACAAGACCUAGAAGUCAAAGAAUUGACACUGAAGAGCCAGAGGCAGAAAUCCAUACAAAUGCCAAACAGAAAAAAGCGGAUCAGAGACAAAACGUGAUAACAGAAUUGGUGAUAACUGAAAAAGAAUAUGUCAGGGAUUUGAAGAUGACGUACGAGACUUUUCACUUGUAUGAUCCAAAUAUACUGGAGUCUCGAGGGGUGGAUGUGACUACAUUGUUUGGAAACAUCUUGGAUGUUAUAAAAAUUGCUGAAGAAUUAUUGGACAAAAUGCAGAUGGCGAUGAAAGGGUGCGAUGAGGAGUUCCAAACAAUUGGACCUUGUUUUUUGAAGAUGUCAGACAAAUUGCAGGUCGUGUACGUAAAGUACUGCAGUAAUCAUGAGUCUGCUUUGGCAUUGCUAAAAAAAUAUGAGGACAACCCAGAAGCAACGAUCAUGUUUCAAAAGGGACUUGAGACCCUACGUUAUCAGAUAGCUUGUUUCGACAUGAGUUCUAUCUUAAUAAAACCCGUGCAGAGAAUAUUGAAAUAUCCGUUGAUGCUGUAUGAGUUGGUAAAGUGCACAGAAGACGAUCAUCCGGAUAAACCUGAGCUGGAAGAAGCUUGGCGAGCAAUGACGAACGUCGCUAGUUACAUCAACGAAUACAAACGGCGUAAAGAUUUGGUUAGCAAGUACUUCGAAGGCGAGUCAACGUUAAUGCGCAAGAUGGCCAAAAUUAAUAUUCAUUCUAUGGCAAAGAAGUCAACCAGACUCAGCGCAAAAUUAUCUGCCUCUUUGGGGAUCACAAACAUUGCACUAGACGUCGAUUUUGAUGACUGUGAAAGACAAUUCAAAAUCCUUGAAAAAUGUGUUUGGCAAUUGGCCCGGGAUGUCGAACAGUGCAUGGCAAACUUGGGGGACGAGGCGGCGAGCGGAGAAUUGAUGGCUGAUUUAAUACGGCAGUAUUAUCAGGGUACGCCAAAUAAUGAGGUCGAAAAACUCAGGCAAACUCGAGCCGUUCUAUGGUCCAACUACCUAAAAGAAUUGAAAACUUGCCUCGAGAAAAGGGUCACUACUCCUCUGAAUCAAUUAAUCAAUUUACUCGAGGGUCCUGCAUUGCUUAUCGAAAAACGACAUGAUAAACUUCUCGAUUAUGAUGUUGCAAUCACUAAGAAUGAGAAAAGUCGGGACAAUAAAAUUUUCCAAGAAGAAUUGACUCGUGCUAAGAGUAACUACGAAGCACUGAAUCAGCAGCUGCUCGAGGAGUUGCCAAUUUUAAUUGACGUUGCUACUAAGAUACUAGUCAGCUGUUUCGGAGCCUUUGCUAAUUCAAGAAAAUUACUGAGUGGCAAGAUCACCAAGCGCUACCUAAUGCUGUCUGAGACCGCUACUCAAAUAGCACCGCAAGACAUUUUGGAGUCAUUCUUAGUGAGUCACAAUUUACUCUAUAAUCAAAUAACACGUUUUGGUCUUGCCGGUUCUAAUCCACGAAUAGAAGAAAGCCAGACGGAGUGUAUCGAACAGACAGAGAAACAGAGAAUCAUGCUGAGAAACAAAUAUUCGGUAGAUAGGUUGCAUGUCGUAAAAGAGGAUGUUGUGGGCACUUCCUCGCUUGACAUGGGAGCUAAACGUGGAACAUUGGUCGCUGUAAUUAAAAAGCAAGAUCCUAUGGGAGACUCAAGUAGAUGGUUUGUUGACAACGGAGCUCUCCAGGGAUUUUUACCAAGCCAUAGUCUAGAAUUUCGGCAAAGAAUAUCCACGGCAAAUAGUAUUAACGGUAACAGGACAACCCCUAGUCCCGACCAGACCCCAGAUUUAAUAUGUAUGGACUCACCAGAAAAAGAAGUAAGGCCUGCGUCCGUGUCCAAUAGCCAAUCACAGUUUUACCAGAAUCUCAAAGACGUGUUCGAUGACUCCCAGAGUGAGACAAGUACCAGCAGCACAAAUGCACCCCAACGUUAUCAAAACCUCAAUAAAAUCUUUUAUUACGCACUUUACGAUUUUCCGGGAGCAAUGAAGGGAACUUUGCCAAUAAAGAAAGGACAGGCUGUAAGAGUUGUUAGACCACACGACGAAAUGGGUAACGACGAUUGGUGGUUGGUGCAAGACCGACAAGGAAGUUCUGGCUAUGUUCCUAAAAAUUACUUGGGCCUACCGGAAGCGUUCACGUAAAUAUUUGUAAAUUCGGUUGGGUUUAUUACGAAAAAAAAUCAAAUUAUGUAAAUAUGUAUCCAUAAGCAUGGACCAAAGAAGGAUAUUGCUAUUUUUGUAGCCUCCGCAGAAGAUUCUACUUCUAGUAAUGGCGUAUAUUGUUAAUCUGAUGUUUAAUUUUUUGUACACUUAAGAAUCUAAUCCUUCCACAUGUUCAGUUGUUAUAUGUAUAUUUUUGUAGGCAACUUUUUAAUCUCCAGCUACUCAUUAGAUUGCAGACAAUAAGUCAAACGUUAUUAUUGAAUAAUACGUAAUUAUAACAUGCACAUUACAGUGAUAAUUCGUAAAUUAUUAAUAGCGAUCACUUACAACGUGUUUUCCUAUUUCUUGACCGUUGUCGACUUUCAAACUGAUCCGGAUCAACUGUUAUUUCACCGUUACCAUGGUAACGCGACUUACAAAACGGUUUAAACAAUGACAAUGUCGCCAUCUGCAGCUAAUCGCCCGUAUAAAAAAUUCGCAACUUGUCGCCGUCAACUGUUUAUAUUUGAGUCGUAGAAAUCAAAUGGACAUAAAAGAAAGUGAGGAAAUACCGUUAGUCCGUUCGAUCGUCAGAGAAAAGUGAGUUCAUUUUUGAUUAUGAAUAAUCCGAUAAAACGAUAUCUUACUGUCCCACUUAUCCGAGAAAAUGAUAAAUUUCAAAUCAUGUGAAGAUUAUCUUGCCUAUCCGUUCGAAAACAUAGCUGCCAGCGAAGUAAAGCCUUUGCUUCUUUGGCUGAUCAAUCGUGAUACAUUUAUCAUAAAAUCUUCAUUCUUCUCUGUAUAUUGAAGUCGAUAAAUUUGUAUACCUAUGUAUAGCUAUGCAUAUGUGUACUUGAGCCAAUAAUUAAUUUCGAAUAAUCCAUCGAUAGAUUAUAAAUCGAAUAUUAAACAUAUACAACUAUUACACGUUUAAUAAUAAUUAUAUAUUUGUGAUUCGUGCCAUAUAUACAUGGUAUAAUUGAUUACGUUUUCUGUUUCUCACUUUUAAUUAUUGUUACAUUAAUCGUAUAAUUGUAUUGUUAUUAUGUUAUACGAUUAAAUUCAAAUACUUAUUAUUAUCAUUAUUAAUUUUUGUGCGUAAAACGCAUGUAAGAAUUUGUUGUAACAUGUGUAUAUAUUUUAUAUACUUAUAUAUGAAUUUAUUACCGAGUCGUUAUGAAGGUAUGAAUUUUAACGAACGUCUACUUUUCCAGGUUCAUAUACGAAAAGGUAAUUGAAUAUUGCUUGAAAAGAAUAAAUAAAUAUUAGUAAUUGUAGGGGAAGAAAAAAUAAGUGAAUAAAAUUGUAUAUCAAAAUAAAUGUACACGCGAAAAAUCAAAUGUAGUUAUUCUAAUUUUGUGCACGUAUGUGUAUUUACUUUGUGUGUCAUGAUAAUGAUUGGAAACCAAAAAAAAGAGAAAAU